GCCCCUGUCUACUCAGGGGUGGUGCUUAGCCGGCGCCAGACCGACCCUCGACUUCGGAGAGGCAGCGCCGUCCCUCUGGGCGCUCCCUCGGCUGCUUCAGCUUCCUCAGCUUCCUCCGGGACCGGGGACCCUGGUGUAUGCCCCACCUCUGACCCCGCUAGAGACAUGUCGACCCCGGCCCGGCGGCGCCUCAUGAGGGACUUCAAGAGGUUACAAGAGGACCCUCCGGCCGGAGUGAGCGGGGCUCCGUCGGAGAACAACAUAAUGGUUUGGAACGCGGUCAUUUUUGGGCCUGAAGGGACCCCAUUUGAGGAUGGAACAUUUAAACUUACAAUUGAAUUUACUGAAGAAUAUCCGAAUAAACCACCUACUGUUAGAUUUGUCUCUAAGAUGUUCCAUCCUAAUGUCUACGCAGAUGGUAGUAUAUGUCUGGAUAUACUUCAGAACCGCUGGAGCCCAACCUAUGAUGUGUCUUCCAUUUUAACAUCCAUACAGUCUCUAUUGGAUGAGCCUAAUCCCAAUAGUCCAGCAAACAGCCAGGCUGCCCAGCUGUAUCAGGAGAACAAGCGGGAAUAUGAAAAGCGUGUUUCUGCAAUAGUAGAACAAAGCUGGCGUGACUGUUGACUCAGGAUAGAGCAAAUGAAGAGGCUGGCCAUAAGAAAAAUGUAUAUUGAUGCAUUUAUCAACUUCUUAUUCCUAAUUCAUUACAUUUACUUUAUUAAAAACAAAAUAGCUGUUGUGCUGUU